UGUAUCCUACUUCCUUUCCUGAAUCAAGUGCCCGGCAAGGCUCACGCACGCCUUUUAUUUGUGACCACUUUACAGCAAAACUGGAUUUUAAAACGAUUCAAAGUAGACAGACACCCCGCAAGAUAACUUUCACAAGGACGUAGAUUGACCGUUUCCUUCAGCAAUGUCUCGUUUCUUCGCCACCGGGUCUGACAGUGAGUCAGAGGAGUCCUCAUCUGCUGAUGAGAUCACCCCUAAAGCACCCGGAGGAAAUUUCAAGCAGUCGUUGCUGCUUAGUGAUGAUGAGGAGGACACCAAGAGAGUGGUGCGCAGCGCCAAAGACAAAAGGUUCGAGGAGUUGACCAACCUCAUCAAGACCAUCCGAAAUGCCAUGAAGAUUCGUGACAUGUCCAAAUGUCUGGAGGAGUUUGAGCAGUUAUGUCGAGCGUUCCUCAAAAGCAAGACUAUAGUGGACAAAGAGGGUGUCCCCCCUUUCUAUAUCCGUCUUCUAGCCGACUUGGAGGACUACCUGAACCAGCUUUGGGAGGACAAAGAGGGCAAGAAGAAGAUGAACAAGAACAAUGCAAAAGCCCUCAGUACCCUACGUCAGAAGAUCCGCAAGUACAACAGAGAGUACGAAACAGAAAUCGCUUCAUACAAGGAGGACCCACAGGAGUCUGCCGAUGAAGAGGAGGAGAAGGAGGCAGGGGAUUCUGGCUCAUCUUCUGAUAGCGAGGGAGAGGGCGAUGAAGAUGGUGUGUCAGCCACGGCCUUCUUAAAGAAAAAGCCCGAGGUCAUCCCAGAGGCCAGCAAGUUCCUUAAGUCUGCUAAAGGAUCCGGGGAUGAGUCUUCUUCCAGUGAUGAUGACGACGAUGAAGACUGGGGCUCAGACACUGUAGACAGUGGCAGUGAGAGCUCGGAUGACGGCGAGGGAAAGAAUGCUUCCCUGGCUGUGGUCUUCCUCAAGAAGACCCAGGAUGGUGAGAAGUCCAGUGAGAAGAAGUCCGGUGGGAAGAAGAAGAAACCCAAGAAAAAAGAGCGACUCGAGGAGGAUGCUGAGGAGGAGGAGGAGGCAGGAGAGGGGGUCGAGGGAGGCUGGGAGAAAGUGAAAGGGGGCGCUCCUAUGGUAAAGGAAAAGCCUAAGAUGUUUGCCAAAGGCACAGAGAUCAACGUACCGGUGGUGGUGAAGAAGCUGAAUGAGAUCCUGCAAGCAAGAGGCAAAAAGGGCACCGACAGGGCUGCACAGAUUGAACUGCUCCACCUUCUGGCAAACAUCGCUGCUGAGAAUAACUUGGGCCAAGGCAUCCUGGUCAAGAUUAAGUUCAACAUCAUUGCCUCCCUGUAUGACUACAACCCCAACUUGGCAGCCUUUAUGAAGCCUGAUAUGUGGAAGAAGUGCCUGGACUGUAUAGAUGAGCUGCUGGACAUCCUGUUUGAACACACCAACAUCUUCAUCGGGGAGAACAUUGCAGAGGACAGUGAGAAUCUGAUCAUCUCAGACCAGCCGUUUAGGGUGCGCGGGUGCAUCUUAACGCUGGUAGAGAGGAUGGAUGAAGAGUUUACUAAGAUCAUGCAGAACACCGAUCCCCAUUCACAAGAGUACGUCGACAAUCUGAAAGACGAGGGACACGUCUGUGGCAUCAUCGACCGGCUGCUCGACUACAUGGAGACCAAGGGCAGCACAGAGGAGAUCUGCCGCAUCUACCUACGCAGAAUCAUGCACACCUACUACAAGUUUGACUAUAAGGCUCACCGACGCAGCCUGGGCCUUCAGGGAGAGACCAAGUCCGAGCAGGACCAGGAGGAGAGCGAGGGGGAGGACAGUGCCGUGAUCAUGGACCGCCUCUGCAAGUUCAUCUACGCCAAGGAUCGCACCGACCGUAUCCGUACCUGCGCUAUCCUCUGCCACAUCUACCACCACGCUCUGCAUUCUCGCUGGUACCAGGCUCGCGACCUGAUGCUCAUGAGCCAUCUGCAGGACAACAUCCAGCACGCUGACCCACCCGUACAGAUCCUGUACAACAGAACCAUGGUGCAACUUGGCAUUUGCGCAUUCAGGCAGGGCAUGAUUAAAGACGCCCACAACGCCCUGUUGGACAUCCAGUCCUCUGGCCGAGCCAAGGAGCUCCUGGGUCAGGGCCUGCUCAUGAGGAACAUGCAGGAGAGGAACGCCGAGCAGGAGAAGAUUGAAAAGAGAAGACAAGUGCCAUUCCACAUGCACAUCAACCUGGAGCUGCUGGAGUGUGUGUACCUGGUGUCGGCCAUGCUGCUGGAAAUCCCCUACAUGGCCGCCCAUGAGUUUGAUGCCCGCCGCAGGAUGAUCAGCAAGCAGUUCCAUCACCAGCUCAGGGUGGGAGAGAGACAGCCACUGCUGGGACCCCCAGAGAGCAUGAGGGAGCAUGUGGUGGCAGCCAGCAAGGCCAUGAAGAUGGGAGACUGGCGUACCUGCCACUCCUUCAUCAUCAAUGAGAAGAUGAACAGUAAAGUGUGGGACCUGUUUCCUGAGACGCAGCGAGUACGCGAGAUGCUCGUCAGGAAGAUCCAAGAAGAGUCCCUGAGGACUUAUCUGUUCACCUACAGCAGUGUAUACGACUCCAUCAGCAUGGGGACACUAUCUGAAAUGUUUGAGCUGGAGAUACCCACCGUUCACAGCAUCAUUAGCAAGAUGAUCAUCAACGAGGAGCUGAUGGCGUCGCUCGACCAGCCCACUCAGACCGUGGUGAUGCACCGCACUGAGCCCACCUCCCUGCAGAACAUGGCCCUGCAGCUGGCUGAGAAACUGGGCAGCUUGGUGGAGAACAAUGAGCGCGUCUUUGACCUCAAGCAAGGCAUCUAUGGAGGAUACUUCAACAGAGAUCAGAAAGGUGGCUACCAACAGAACAAAUCUUACAACAGAGAUCAGAGAGGUGGUUACCAGAAUAAGGGAGGCUACAAUCGAGGCGGCUACAGAAAUCAAAACUAUCAAGGCGGCCAUCAAGACGGCCAGCGAGGCGGCUAUCAAGACGGCCAGCGAGGUGGCUAUCAAGACGGCCAGCGAGGCGGCUAUCAAGGUGGCUAUCAAGACGGCCAGCGAGGUGGCUAUCAAGACGGCCAGCGAGGUGGCUAUCAAGACGGCCAGCGAGGCGGCUAUCAAGACGGCCAGCGAGGCGGCUAUCAAGACGGCCAGCGAGGCGGCUAUCGAGGCGGCCAUCAAAACCAUCAAGACGGCCAUCAAGACGGCCAUCGAGGCAGCUACCGAGGUGGCUACCGAGGCGGCCAUCAAAACCACCAUGGCGGCGGCUAUCAAGGUGGCUAUCAAAACCAUCAUGGCGGCUAUCAAGGCCACCAAAGCAACUACUGAGCUUGAACCCUGUGGUUUUCAGUCUCUCCACCUGAACUAGUCUCCAUUCCAUAACAGUAACAUCUAUCUGGGUCUCUGUGCUCAACACUUGGCUGUGGGCUGUUCUCCUUCAUUUGACUCAAAACCGCUUUCAGUUGAUGCUGAAACAGCUGAAAGUUUUUGCAGUAAAAGCCCCUCCCACUGCAACUGCUUAGUGUGGUAUUUCAGUACGGCCAACUUCUUUAGACAAGAGUUUUAUGGUUAUUAUAGCGGAUACAAAAUUGUAUAAUAAAGGAGUUGCAGUGUGGCUGGCUUGUGGCUGUAAGUUCAGUGACGGAUGUUUCAAGUAUUGUUGACAAAUCUAAUAAACAAUUACAACAAUGAAA